UCGGCUUUAGAUUUUUCAGGCUUUGUUCGACUUCCUUUGAUCCCUUGGUUUUCAACCUUUCGAGUUUCUUGUUACCGGUUACUCUGUUGUAUGUAAGCCAUUCAGUUCCGUUGAGGACCAUGCGUGAAGACAAGAAACCUGUUAUUGUGUGGCGAAAUAUUGGAAAGCUUGAAGCAUCUGAUCGUCGGAUCUUCAUCUUCAACACUACGGAUUGUGGAGCACUGUGGAAAAGCAACAAGCAAUUUGGCACCAGUGGUGGUAGUGGUAGCAACGGCGGUGGCGAUGGCAGCCGUAAAUUUGCCUGCAUUACUUUGGUGAAAAAAAGAAACCGGAAGGAGUUCGCGCCGACGCCGGCUCAGCUGCUCAAGCAUCCAUUGUCGAUUCUUGCUUUGGUGCACAGAGAAGCAACACUCUUCGCCGCUGGCGCCGUGUCGGGAGCGGCCUCUAAGGCUGCGACAGCACCGCUCGAUCGCAUCAAGCUUAUUAUGCAGACUCAUGGAGCAAGAAUUGCGCAAGAAGGAGCUAAGAAGUCUAUUGGUUUUAUCGAGGCAAUAACAACCAUAAUAAAGGUGGAAGGAAUUAGAGGGCUUUGGAAGGGAAACCUUCCUCAGGUUAUGCGCAUCAUACCAUAUAGUGCUAUCCAACUCUUUGCCUAUGAAAAUUUUAAGAAUCUUUUCAGUGGAGAAGAUGGUGAACUUUCUGUGAUUGGAAGACUAGCUGCUGGUGCUUUUGCUGGCAUGACAUCCACCAUCAUGACAUAUCCAUUAGAUGUUUUGAGGUUACGCUUGGCAGUUGACACAGGGUUACGAACAGCAUCUGAGAUUUCAUUAAGUAUGCUACGAGAGGAAGGAAUCGCAUCCUACUUCAGUGGUCUUGGACCAUCCCUUGUUGGCAUAGCUCCUUAUAUUGCCGUGAACUUUUGCAUUUUUGACUUGGUAAAAAAAUCUUUGCCAGAGGAAGUUCAAAGGAGAACUGAAACAUCUUUCUUCACAGCCUUGCUCUCAGCUUCCCUUGCCACACUCAUGUGCUAUCCUUUGGACACCGUGAGAAGACAGAUACAAAUGAAGGGUACACCUUACAAGACAGUUUUGGAUGCUUUUGCAGGUGUAUGGGCUGCUGAUGGAUUUGUUGGAUUCUACAGGGGUUUACUGCCCAACUUCCUGAAGAAUCUACCAAGCAGCAGCUGUCCUCCACUCCUUUACUGUAGCAUCAAGCUUACCACAUAUGACCUUGUCAAGCGUCUAAUCGUGACCAGUGAAUAUGAGUAUCAGAGAAUUAUUGAGGAAAAUCRCGCAAAGCAUAAGCUGGAAGUCCCAGUGACUAAAUUUUCCUGAAUAUUUAUGACCARAAAAAAAUCCUGAAUAUUUGUUCUUAUACCAUGGUUCUUCUCCRUCUUUAUAUGUCAAGUUUUUUUUUAUGCGGCUCCUAUGGUAUGAUUUUUUGGGUUUUCUAAUAGUUAAAAGAGGUAUGAAAAAAGGGAGAUACAUCAUAUUCAACUAUUAAAAAAAGGGAGAUCACUCGGUGGAUUUGAAUUCUACCACCGACCAUGUAAAA